GCGUUGCUCCAAUGAGAUGCGAGCUGCGGCGGGACGAGGAGCCGACAGGCAACAGGUUGCGCUGGAAGAGACGCGCUCGCUUCCUCGGCAACAUCUUGUCAUCUUUGGUGUAUUUUUACUGCUGGUGUGAGCACACGGUGGGUUGACGGACGCAGAGGAAUACUCCGAGGUGCAGCAUUCUCACAGAAUUCACCAGCAAGUGAGCAUGAGCACUCUGCCCAGCGACAAGAAGCAGCUCGUGGACUACGGCGUUCAGAUCCGCUUCAUCAACGAUCUCCAUGACACCGGCGGAGGUUAUUCUGAAAAGUCUAGAGCAAGCAACAGCGCAAUUCUCUCUAAUAAGUAUGGAGUGGCAGUGCGGGUUCAAGGGAUCUCUGGACAGCCUUAUGUGGUCCUGAAAGAUGGCAGUAAAGGUGACUCAUAUGGAGUUCAGCUAAACGGACCAAACCCCAGCUCGGGGCCCCCUUCACCCUACGACAGCUUCCCCAAAAGUAGAGACCGGGUAGAUCUUCCAAACCCCUAUGGUCCUGUUGCAAAGACAGCAAGCUCUCCUGCUCCUCCAGCAGAGGAUGAGGUCCAAGAGAUUUUUGGGAGCCCUCUUAAGCGACCUCCAGGUGAUGGGCAAGCAGGCACGCAAGUAGAGGAGGAGGGUGGAGCUGUACGAGGAGGACAGGUGGAGAGGAUGAAGCCCGAGCCCCAACUCAAAGCAAAGGAAAUGGAGACACGUCUGACCGAGUGGAGCAGAAAGGAUGAGGAGUACAAUGAGGCAGGACUGAAACCUGUCAAAUUAACAGGUGCAGGGUCAAGAGGGGUCAACCAAAAUGGUGCUGACUCCUUGUUAGAAUCUUUCCCAGACCCACCCACCCCAGUGUCAAAGGAUGAAGUACCUGCCCCAGCCAUCGACACAAACUCCCUCGCUCCUAUCAACAAACUCAUAAGCAAGUUCAACAGCGGCUCACCGGGUGGUGGCACACAGACCAGGGGGCGCUCUGGAGCAAGGCAGCGGCUCAAAUUUGACCAGCAGAGACGGUCCAGAAGUCUUGACGCAAGACAAGAAGUCAAGGCUCCCAGUCCGGUGUCCCCUCCCUCUUCCCUGUCUUCCAUUCUGAAUCCCUACGGACUCUGUCACUCCCUUUCUGCCUUUUCCAAUUCGUUGACAUCGUCUGCCUCAGUGAGCGGUAGCCUGAAAAGAAGCCCUGUAUCCGUUUCCAAGGUGACUGGACAUGAGGCACUCAAGAUGAGCUUUAAGUCACCAGGGACGUUUGUUACCAAGGACACCCCUCCAGCUGUAGUAAAGAAGCCUGAGAUACCUCAGAAGAGUCCAUCUAAAAACAAUGAAGUCAUGCUUCAAGAGGAAGCACAAACCAAACAAGUUAUUUAUAACAUUCUCAAAGAGGGCACCAGUGAGAGUGAAGGAUCCCUGAAGAGAAAAACCGACCUUGUCUACAAGGCCACCAACAAUCAUAAGGAUUCACUCCUUCACCCUCCACAAGCUUACACUUUGUGUCUGUGUGCAUGUGCACGUGCACAGAAAGGAGGAUCUGACAGGACCCUGAAUGACGAGAAGCUCCAGGAUCUCCAGAAACAUCUCAGUCACCUGAAGAUCGAGCUGCAGCUGGUUAUUUCUCCUGGCAUUUGUCUGAUUGCUUGUCAAGUUGAUGAGUUCGGGGUUUGUGGUGGUGAUUAUGUGUGCAGGCUCAGCGAGGAGCGAAUGGCCAGAGUGAGCUCAGAGUCUCGUUUGCACCACCAGGAAGACCAGCUGGCUGAGCUGCAAGACCAACUAAGGAGAGUUUCGGGAAUCUCACCACACACAGAUUCACUGCAGACGGAUGUGAUGACUCUGCAGGCAGAGUUGGCUGAGGCUGUGCUGCUACGUCAGCGCCAGGAGGAGACGCUGCGGCAGCGUGAGCGUGAGCUGACGGCCUUGAAGGGGGCGCUGAAGGAGGAGGUGGAGUGUCACGACAAGGAGAUGGAGGCGCUGAGGGAGCAGUACAGCCAUGACAUGGAGAACCUGAGGAAGACCAUGGAGCAGGUCACACAGUCACAAGAGCAGAUAGAAGAGGAGAGGGAGAAGGUGAACGUCUCCAUGGUGUCCCUGGAGGAGGAGCUGCAGACCUGCAGAAAUCAGGGAGUAGAGUGGAAGACGGACCUGGAGGCGACCACGCAGGAGCUCCAAGACACCAGACAGGAGCUGCUGAACGCUUGUCUGGAGAAGGAGAAAAUUGAGGAGGCGCUGAAGGAGCUUCAGGAUUCUCAGUCAGCCACAAAGAAACAAAUUCCUGCUUCUGAUGUUAAUCUUUCUUCUCUGAAGAAGGAGCUUCAACGUUGCCAUGACGAUCUGAAGCAGGCUCGCACAGACCUGGACAAACAGAAGGCCGAGUUGGACGAAAAGCGUGAGGCACUUGUGGCCCUGAAGAAGGCAAGCGGCGAGCGGGAGGCAGAGCUUCUGUCUGAGAUCAGCAGGUUGAAGGAGCAGAAACAUCAGGAAGAGCUGGAAAAGUCAUCAGAAAAGAUAAAGGAGUCAUCACCUGGGUCCUCAGGAAGGACCGUGGUGGAUCAUGGCACAGUGGAGCUUCAAGAAGCAAACACUCGCCUCAGAGAGAGGUUGGCUCGCAUGCGUCACUCCAGUGUGUCACGGAGCUCAGAGGCUGAGGAGACUGUGGAAGCCCUGGAGGAUGAGAACCGCUCCCUGAAGUCUCAGCUGGAGGAGGCCAAGAGAGGAACAGGUCGCCUGAGCAAGGAGAUGGAUGAACUGACGCGGCGACUGGAGGAGAGGGACCUGGAGCGGGAGGCGCUGCGCAGGGGCAAGACUGACCUGGAGGAGCAGAAGAGGCUUUUGGACCGAGCACUGGAGAAGAUUAACAAAGAUAUGGAGAUAAUGAUGGGAGACUCCCGUCAGUCUGUGUCGGCACUGCAGGCACAACUGGAUGACUACAGGGAGCGUUCGAGGAAAGACCUGCUGGAGGCGCAACGCAACAACAAGGACAGACUGGCUGAGCUGCAGAGGGUCCAGAACAACCUGAAGAGUCAGCAGGAGGAGGUUUCUCGGCUGAAGAAGGAGCUGCUGGUGUGCGUCGAGGACAGAGACAGCGCGCAGCUGGAGAGAGACCUGCUCAACAACCACCUCAAACACCUGGAGGAGGAGCUGGAGUCUGAGAAGAGCGUCCACAACGACCGCUCCAGGGAGGUCAGAGGCCUGGAGGAAAAGAUUAAGGCCCUGGAGAUGGAGUUGGAUGAGGAGAGGAGCAGCGUGGAGCUUCUGAACGACCGCGUCUCACGCAGCAGAGAUCAGGUGGACCAGCUUCGUACAGAGCUCAUGCAAGAACGUUCAGCGAGACAUGACUUGGAAAUGGACAAGAGCUCGCUUGAGAGACAAAUGGCCAGUAAAGGUGACUCAUAUGGAGUUCAGCUAAACGGACCAAACCCCAGCUCGGGGCCCCCUUCACCCUACGACAGCUUCCCCAAAAGUAGAGACCGGGUAGAUCUUCCAAACCCCUAUGGUCCUGUUGCAAAGACAGCAAGCUCUCCUGCUCCUCCAGCAGAGGAUGAGGUCCAAGAGAUUUUUGGGAGCCCUCUUAAGCGACCUCCAGACCCACCCACCCCAGUGUCAAAGGAUGAAGUACCUGCCCCAGCCAUCGACACAAACUCCCUCGCUCCUAUCAACAAACUCAUAAGCAAGUUCAACAGCGGCUCACCGGGUGGUGGCACACAGACCAGGGGGCGCUCUGGAGCAAGGCAGCGGCUCAAAUUUGACCAGCAGAGACGGUCCAGAAGUCUUGACGCAAGACAAGAAGUCAAGGCUCCCAGUCCGGUGUCCCCUCCCUCUUCCCUGUCUUCCAUUCUGAAUCCCUACGUGACUCCUGUCACUCCCUUUUCUGCCUUUUCCAAUUCGUUGACAUCGUCUGCCUCAGUGAGCGGUAGCCUGAAAAGAAGCCCUGUAUCCGUUUCCAAGGUGACUGGACAUGAGGCACUCAAGAUGAGCUUUAAGUCACCAGGGACGUUUGUUACCAAGGACACCCCUCCAGCUGUAGUAAAGAAGCCUAAAGGAGGAUCUGACAGGACCCUGAAUGACGAGAAGCUCCAGGAUCUCCAGAAACAUCUCAGUCACCUGAAGAUCGAGCUGCAGCUGGCACACGAUGAGCUCAGCGAGGAGCGAAUGGCCAGAGUGAGCUCAGAGUCUCGUUUGCACCACCAGGAAGACCAGCUGGCUGAGCUGCAAGACCAACUAAGGAGAGUUUCGGGAAUCUCACCACACACAGAUUCACUGCAGACGGAUGUGAUGACUCUGCAGGCAGAGUUGGCUGAGGCUGUGCUGCUACGUCAGCGCCAGGAGGAGACGCUGCGGCAGCGUGAGCGUGAGCUGACGGCCUUGAAGGGGGCGCUGAAGGAGGAGGUGGAGUGUCACGACAAGGAGAUGGAGGCGCUGAGGGAGCAGUACAGCCAUGACAUGGAGAACCUGAGGAAGACCAUGGAGCAGGUCACACAGUCACAAGAGCAGAUAGAAGAGGAGAGGGAGAAGGUGAACGUCUCCAUGGUGUCCCUGGAGGAGGAGCUGCAGACCUGCAGAAAUCAGGGAGUAGAGUGGAAGACGGACCUGGAGAAGGAGAAAAUUGAGGAGGCGCUGAACGGAGCUUCAGGAUUCUCAGUCAGCCACAAGAAAACAAUUCCUGCUUCUGAUGUUAAUCUUUCUUCUCUGAAGAAGGAGCUUCAACGUUGCCAUGACGAUCUGAAGCAGGCUCGCACAGACCUGGACAAACAGAAGGCCGAGUUGGACGAAAAGCGUGAGGCACUUGUGGCCCUGAAGAAGGCAAGCGGCGAGCGGGAGGCAGAGCUUCUGUCUGAGAUCAGCAGGUUGAAGGAGCAGAAACAUCAGGAAGAGCUGGAAAAGUCAUCAGAAAAGAUAAAGGAGUCAUCACCUGGGUCCUCAGGAAGGACCGUGGUGGAUCAUGGCACAGUGGAGCUUCAAGAAGCAAACACUCGCCUCAGAGAGAGGUUGGCUCGCAUGACGAAGCGUCACUCCAGUGUGUCACGGAGCUCAGAGGCUGAGGAGACUGUGGAAGCCCUGGAGGAUGAGAACCGCUCCCUGAAGUCUCAGCUGGAGGAGGCCAAGAGAGGAACAGGUCGCCUGAGCAAGGAGAUGGAUGAACUGACGCGGCGACUGGAGGAGAGGGACCUGGAGCGGGAGGCGCUGCGCAGGGGCAAGACUGACCUGGAGGAGCAGAAGAGGCUUUUGGACCGAGCACUGGAGAAGAUUAACAAAGAGAUGGAGAUAAUGAUGGGAGACUCCCGUCAGUCUGUGUCGGCACUGCAGGCACAACUGGAUGACUACAGGGAGCGUUCGAGGAAAGACCUGCUGGAGGCGCAACGCAACAACAAGGACAGACUGGCUGAGCUGCAGAGGGUCCAGAACAACCUGAAGAGUCAGCAGGAGGAGGUUUCUCGGCUGAAGAAGGAGCUGCUGGUGUGCGUCGAGGACAGAGACAGCGCGCAGCUGGAGAGAGACCUGCUCAACAACCACCUCAAACACCUGGAGGAGGAGCUGGAGUCUGAGAAGAGCGUCCACAACGACCGCUCCAGGGAGGUCAGAGGCCUGGAGGAAAAGAUUAAGGCCCUGGAGAUGGAGUUGGAUGAGGAGAGGAGCAGCGUGGAGCUUCUGAACGACCGCGUCUCACGCAGCAGAGAUCAGGUGGACCAGCUUCGUACAGAGCUCAUGCAAGAACGUUCAGCGAGACAUGACUUGGAAAUGGACAAGAGCUCGCUUGAGAGACAAGUGAAGGAGUUAAAAUCUCGCAUAGCAGAUAUGGAGGGACAAUCCCGGCCCUCACCCGGACUCUCCCUGCUGGAAAACAAAAUCCAGGAGUUGGAGGAGAGAUUGCACAGUGAGGAAAGAGAAAAGGCCAGUAUCCAGUCGUCUCACCGACGAAUGGAGCGCAAGCUGAAGGAGCUUAAUGCCACAUUGGACCAGGAGAGAAACCAGCACAUUGAGCAGAAAGAUCAGCUGUCUCUGCGUGUGAAGGCCUUGAAGCGGCAGGUGGAUGAAAGUGAGGGCGAGGUGGAGCGCCUGGAAGGAGUCCGUCGAAAGAUCAUCAGGGACCUGGAGGAGCAGCAGGAGCUGAAGGAGGCCCUGCAAGCCAAAGUAGCAGCCCUGGAGGCGGAGCUAAAGCGACGGAUGCAGCAGACGCAUCGUUCGGCUGUAGGCGCCUCCACUUUCAGCUCUGAUGACGAGGACAGUUUGUACGACACCAACAUCACCUCCAUCCUUAACGAGAGCCACCUACAGACCACCAGCUGCUAGAUGAAAAACCAAGGUGACGUGACAGGCAGAGCUAUAAAAAGAUUCUUCUUUUUUCACAUCAGACUGGAGCACCAAGGACUCGCUGGUUUGGAGUACUCUACCGCCGUGCACCAACCUGCACAUGCAGCCCUGCCUCUUUCCAUUCUGACUUGUAUGUGUUCGUACAGGACAGGUUGUCAGAAUGUGCAGGGUUUUUUGUUUUAUUUCUUGAGCCUUUGGCUGUGACUGUGAGUGCUUCCUGACUCUUUGAGCCACUGUUGCUCAUUUGUUGGAAAUGAAUGUUUCGACUGUAUAUGAUCCAGCUGUACACUGUUUAAUUAAAAAGAAAAAUGGUGCGUUUUCUGUGUGCCUCCAUGUGAAGAGGCGUCAGUGUUGUCAGCAGCUCCUGGACUUGGUGUCUUUCUAUGUGAAACGUGCUGUGACGUCUUCUUCACCUUUAACUGUGACUGAUGGAUCAUGUCUAACUGAGCCUACUGUAUAUUUUUACACUGUAUUAACUGUGCACAGCCUGACAAUCUCACACACAGGCAGCAGCCACAUGAAACCCUCAGACAUGAACAUCCUGUGAAUUUAUCUAAUUUCUCGUGUGCAUGUUUUUAAUGAAGUGCCUUGGACAAAAAAAGGUUGUGUGUGUUUGUUACACUGGAAGUUGUUUGCUGCUGUAAUGAUUUAAGUAGUAUUUGACAGACUCGCCUGCGCUCGCUGCUGUACAUUCCUGCAAAAGAAGAACUUGGAUUUGUAAGUGUUGCACUUGUUUUUAUUAUUGCACCUGGAUUUAAUGAAUCUCUAAUAAUGUUACAUUAUAAAGGCGGCACCUUUUAAAGUUG